AUGGAGAUGAAUUAUGAUGAAGCGACUCUCCAUCAGAUUGAGCGGGAGCUCAAUACUGAAUUCUAUCCCGGAACAGAGAUCAUGGCAGAUGUUGGGUCGCAUCACUUUGUGAAAGCGUCAUCGCGGUCAGAUCGUGUUCUCGUUCCGCAGCCAUCGCAAAGCCCGCAUGAUCCCUUGCUGAUCGGAUUGCCACAGAACUGGAGCAAAACGUGGAAGAUGACCGUUAUCUGCUUAUCUACUGCAGUUUCUUUCAGUCAGGGUCUAGGACCUUUGGCCUUGGCACCAAUGUUUCCCCAAUUGAUGGAGGCUUUCGACACGGAUCUUGCCGCCGUGGUCAAGUUCACUGGUGUGUGUAUUCUAGGGUUGGGAUUCAGUAACUUCUUCUGUAAUAUCUGGAGGGCCAUGGCAACGUCCUAUGGUAGUUAUAUGGGAGCCUGUGUCCUCAAUGGUUUCGGAGCUGGCCCUGCCGAGACAUCUCAACCAGAAAUCAUUGCAGAUACCAUCUUUCUGCACGAAAGAGGUUCUUUUAACACACUCUAUUUCACGUUCUAUUUCGGCUCGCUCAUGGUCGGGCCUAUCAUUGCUGGUCCAAUGGCUCAGCAUGUUGGCUGGCGUAGCUUUUUCUGGUUCAACGUCGGGCUGUUGGGGCUGGUGCUCAUUCUCGUCAUUUUUCUCUUUCCAGAGACCAAAUGGCACCGAAUCCACCCUAGUGAGGAAACCCAACCGCAAGAGGUGUCAAAUUCAUCCGAUACUGGCUCGGAACCAGAAAAGCCAUCUGCAACGACCCAUCAGGAGAAUGUUUCGACAGAGAGAGGCGAUACAGAUCCAUGGCUUGGCAGAGGCUAUCCGUCAAAGCAGCAAUUCAGAUUAUGGCAGCUAGAAGGCCACAAUCUGAAGAACCUGUUAAUCAGCUUCUGGGUUCCGUGGAAGCUUCUCUGUUUCCCCAUUGUUGAGUUUGCUGCCUUCAAUGUCUCCUGGUCGGCCAGUGUCUUUUUGACCCUAAACCUCACCCAGAGCGAGGCUUUCUCCGGGCCUCCAUACAAUUUUUCCAGCCAGACGAUCGGCUUCUUCAACUUUGCAAUCUGGAUCGGAGCAUUCAUUGGACUGGCGACUAAUGGACCUCUCUCGGACUGGAUCUCAAUGAGAGCCACGAAAAGGAAUCGGGGCAUUCGAGAGCCAGAGAUGAGAUUACCCGCAAUCAUACCGUACGUGAUCGUAUCCAUCAUUGGGAAUUUCGUGGUGGCAUUUGGAUAUCAAUAUCAAUGGGAUUGGAGGGCCAUUGUUAUAAUAGGAUACACUGCGGCUGGUAUCCAGGUUGCUGCCAUUCCGGCUAUCACUAGCACCUACGCAGUGGACAGCUAUAAGCCCGUUGCUGGCUCGAUAUUCGUUUCGAUCACAGUAAACAAAAAUGUCUGGGGUUAUGGUUUUAGCGAAUUCAUUACACCAUGGGUGGCAAAGAGUGGCUUCGUGAAACCAAUAAUGUUGAACAUGUCGCUUGCAGUCCUGUGGUGUCUCUUCGCGAUUCCCUUCUACUUGUAUGGAAAGCGUUUCAGGAAGUGGACAGCAAAGUCGUCAGUACACAAGAUGUGA